UCUCUCUCUAAAAAAAAAAAAAAAAAAGCAAAUCUUUUCCAUUCCAAUUCUCAAAUCCAAGCAAGCAUCCCAAAUUGCCCUCUCUGGAUUUCCGAUUUUGUUCGACUCUCUCUCUCUCUCUCUCUCUCUCUCUCUGUUCGUGUGAGCUUCAAAACCCAUGAAAUUGAGUGCCUUCAAUUUCUCGAGAAAGCUUUGAGUUUGAGGGUCGACUGCGAUCGAGCGCCGCUUUCUUCUCUGAGGUGAAGCAAAACACAAGUUAUAUAUAUAUAUAUAUAUAUAUAUAUACACACACACACAUACAUAUAUAUUGAUAUAAUUCGAAGGAUUUGAAAGAGGAAAAUGGACAAGUAUGAGCUUGUGAAGGACAUAGGAUCUGGGAAUUUCGGUGUGGCCAGGCUCAUGAGGAACAAGGAGACCAAAGAGCUCGUCGCCAUGAAAUACAUCGAGCGCGGUCACAGGAUUGAUGAAAAUGUGGCUAGGGAAAUCAUAAACCACAGAUCGCUUCGCCAUCCAAACAUAAUCCGGUUCAAAGAGGUGGUUUUGACUCCUACACAUCUUGCUAUUGUCAUGGAGUAUGCGGCAGGCGGAGAGCUCUUUGAGCGUAUCUGCAGUGCAGGAAGAUUCAGUGAAGAUGAGGCAAGAUAUUUUUUCCAGCAGCUUAUUUCAGGAGUUAAUUAUUGUCAUUCUAUGCAAAUAUGCCAUCGAGAUUUGAAGUUGGAGAAUACUUUGCUGGAUGGAAGCCCUGCUCCACGCCUUAAAAUUUGUGAUUUUGGCUAUUCUAAGUCUUCCCUGCUGCAUUCAAGACCCAAAUCAACUGUGGGAACUCCCGCAUAUAUUGCACCUGAGGUUCUUUCUCGAAAAGAAUAUGAUGGCAAGUUGGCUGAUGUUUGGUCAUGUGGAGUGACUCUUUAUGUCAUGCUGGUGGGAGCUUACCCCUUUGAAGACCAAGAAGACCCAAAGAAUUUCAGGAAAACGAUCAAUCGAAUAAUGAGUGUUCAGUAUAAGAUCCCGGAAUAUGUUCACGUAUCUCAAGAUUGUAGGCAUCUCAUUUCUCGCAUAUUUGUUGCAAAUCCUGCUAAGAGGAUCACCAUUAAAGAAAUCAAGAACCAUCCGUGGUUUUUAAAGAACUUGCCCAGAGAAUUAACAGAAGGAGCUCAAGCCAUGUACUACAGGCGGGAAAACCCAAGCUUUUCCCUGCAGAGUGUAGAUGACAUCAUGAAGAUAGUGGAUGAUGCCAAAACUCCUCCUCCGGCUUCCCGGUCAAUUGGAGGUUUCGGCUGGGGUGAAGAAGAUGGCGAUUCUAAGGAAGAAGCAGAGGGUGAGGAGGAAGGAGAAGAGGAAGAAGAAGACGUGUAUGACAAGACGGUCAAGGAGGCGCAUGCAAGCGGAGAAGUGAAUGUCAACUAAGUAUUCAACCUUAGUUGCUAGAAAGUGAAAAAUUUUGGUUUUUAGAUUGCCGUCGUGUUUGUGUAAAAUUCAGUUUUCGUUCUGAUUAAAGCAUGGGGUUCAAUAAAUAUUUGUAAAUUAUUAUGUUCUGUUUAUGAAAUUGUCUUUAACUGUAUAUAGUCAGUCCGCUACUUCAUCUUGGACGUUUUAGGAUUUAUGUUUUUGUGAGUGGAUUCUUGUAUUGCUACGUUAUCCAUUAUAAAAA